AUGAAAGCUUUUCUGGUGUUUUCAUUUUUUGCCUUGCUAGCUUCCUCCUUUUUCGCAUCUGCUGCUGUAGUGGAACAUUCAUUCAUUGUCAAGGAUUUCAAUGUGAGUCGUCUGUGCAAUACACAAACUAUAACUGCAGUUAACGGAAGGGUUCCUGGUCCCACAAUUGACGUACGAGAGGAUGACACUUUGGUCAUUCACGUCUUCAACGGUUCUCCUCACAAUAUUACUAUUCAUUGGCAUGGGAUUUUUCAAAUGAGGAGCCAAUGGGCGGAUGGUCCUGAAUAUGUAACACAGUGUCCUAUCCGACCAGGUCAUAAGUAUACGUACAGGUUCACAAUCACAGGACAAGAAGGCACUCUUUGGUGGCAUGCCCACACUGCUUUUCUUCGUACCUAUGUUCAUGGUGCAAUUAUCAUUCGACCUCGAACUGGUCGCCGUUAUCCUUUUCCUAAACCUCACAAGGAAGUCCCCAUCAUAUUAGGUGAGUGGUGGAAAUCUGAUAUCAACCAAAUUUUCGAUCAAAUUCAAGUUACCGGUGCCGUUCCUCCUAUAUCCGAUGCAUUCACAAUCAACGGCAUGCCUGGUGAUCUCUACAAUUGCCCGCAAGAUCCUAUUUUCAAGUUCAAGGUGAAGAAAGGGAAGACAUACUUGUUACGCAUAAUCAACACGAAUCUCAUCAGUCAGAUGUUCUUAAAGGUGGCCAAUCACAAGUUCACAGUUGUCGCUGUCGAUGCCGGAUACACGACUCCCUAUGAAACCGACGUGGUCGUCAUCGCCCCUGGCCAAACCACUGACGUCCUCCUAAAAGCCGACCAGCCGGUGGGUUCUUACUACAUGGCUUCUUCCGCAUAUGUGACCACAAUAGGUGCAGAGUUCGACAAUACGACAACAAGAGGGAUUGUCGUUUACAAGAGGGCCUCCGGCGCAACCUCACCUCUGAUGCCUGUAAUGCCCGGUUUCCACGACACCCCUACGGCCCACAGGUUCUAUACGGAGCUAACUGGGCUUGUCCGUGGGCCUCACUGGACCGAUUGCCCGCUCCACGUGGACGAACAUAUGUUCAUAACUAUUGGGCUGAACCUAGACUUCUGCGCAAACAACGCCACGUGUUUGGGCCCACAAGGGUUAAGAUUCUCGUCAAGCAUGAACAACGAGUCGUUUGUGAUUCCAAGCGAUGGAGGAAUGUCUAUGUUGGAAGCAUUCUUCAGAAACAAGCCAGAAGGAGUGUACACAAGAGAUUUCCCUGACUUUCCUCCUCAAUUCUUUGACUUUGUAAGCCCAGACACAAGAUUUGACUCGUCAAGGAUAUUCGCACCGAAAUCAACGAAGGUAAAGAGGUUGAAGUUCGGUUCGACGGUGGAGAUUGUGUUUCAGAACACAGCAUUUGUGGGGGUAGAGAACCACCCAAUGCACAUCCAUGGGUUCGACUUCUACGUGUUGGCGCAAGGGUUUGGGGUAUACAAUUGGACGAGGGACAGCAGAAAGUUGAAUAUGGUGAAUCCUCAAAGGCGUAACACCGUGGCUGUGCCCACGGGAGGAUGGGCUGUGAUCAGAUUCAAAGCCAACAAUCCCGGUAUAUGGUUCGUGCAUUGCCAUGUGGACGUGCACGUGCCGUGGGGGCUAGCCAUGGCCUUUGAGGUAGAGAAUGGGCCCACUCCUGAAACCUCAGUGCCUCCUCCUCCUGCUGAUCUCCCUCUGUGCUAGUUCUUGCCUCUCUUCAUCCUCUGCUUGUCUCAAAAUACCUACAAACAUGUCAAGUUUAUUUCUUCUUAUUCUUCUUCUUCAAAUUUGUUCAUAACAGUGAGGAGACAAUUAAGAUCUCAGUGGAAUCAUUUUCUACUUUUUUUCGUAGUUCACUGUCAAUUUAAUUUCUCUGAUUCGCUUGUGUAUAACUGGCAGGGGGCUCAUAUUCUUCCCAAGUGUAUGUAAUGAUGUCUCUUCAUGCUA